AGGUCCUUCCAGAUCUUCCCGGACCCCCCUCCCUCCGACCAUUCCAUCAAACGCACCUUAAAUUUUCUUCAUUGGAGUGGGUACAUUCAUUCAUUCCUUCAUUCCUUCAUUCGUCUUCUUGAUGCUGCAUAGGUGAAGUUACAUUAUACUUGCAUGCUUUUAACAAUUCCAGUGGUUCUUGGACCUAGUUUCAUCCUGUGUCUCUACUUCGUCGUUUCUAAUAAAUAUGUACUCCAGCCAAGUCUACCUUUGUAGGAUGACGAGUCGAGAUGAUAUAGGAACAAUAGCUACAGGAGUUCUUGUGCAAGGAUUAGCUAACGUUGUGAAGUUCUAGUUCUCGUCAGCUGUUUGUGCAUAGUAGAGUUGUUUCGAUCCGUAGUUCGUUAUACUUAACCACGUGGAUUCCGUAAACAUGAAUUUGCUGUGGUCGUUUGAUUGAUUCCGCAUUACAUUUUCCGCUUGUAGGACGGUUUCGUUUUAGGUUACUUACAUGUUGAGCAUAUAGUAGCGGCAACUGCACGGACGCAAGCCUUCAGUGCUGCGAAGUACUAGGUACGUCCGUGGCUGUCUGGUGUUGUCAUUGAAUCUGCACCUGUUUCCGCUGAGCGGCCUAUUCGACGACAUCAAGCUAACACGACGUAGAAGUGUCCUUCGUGUCAAUUCCGCUGCAUCGAUUCCCAGCUUCUUCGAAGCGCAGCGUUGUACAUCCUCUCCACAUAGUACCAAACUACACCUUCACCCGCCGGCGCUCUCCUUCCUUCGACCACCACCACCUAGACAAGAUGGCGAUGUCAUUACCAGAUGGCGUUAAUAUGUCAGAGCGCCAGGAGUACAGGUGGCUCAUUCAUAAUGGGGCACCUUCACUCCGACUCAAGGCGUUGGAAAGCCUGUUUCACAAGUUUGAUUUGAAUGGUACUGAAUUUUCAUAAGUAUUUGGAUCACGAAUAUGUAUCUUUCAUCUAUAUGAGAGUUUUGGUGUUAUGAAUAGGUGGAAAUAAAUGGCUCAACAACAAAAUCACGAAUGCAGCAACUCUUGGUGAUCCGUACAAAAGGUUCCGGGGAGCUCGACUAUGACGAGUUCAAGAAAAUCCUCUGGUGGUUGGAGUAUUCACUUACGGACGGUGGUGUCCGAGAGAUCUUCGACGAACUCGACGAAGACAAAAGCAAUUGCUUGGAUAUAACCGAGUUCGUGCGGUUUUUCGACGUUCUCGAGAAAUACCGAAACAUGUACGAGAGCGAUAUCAAGGAGAGGCAAAUAUCGUUGGUGAGGUUAAAUUAAGGCCAUCCUCGAUGCAGCUGGUGCAAUUAUCAUUUCCAAAGGCCAUCCUCUACUUUGGUUUCCUUCUUACAAUGCUGAGACGAUGAAGAGGAAGGUAAGAAAUGAAUUUUGUGGAGGAGCUCUAAUGAGAGAUCUGCCAGUUGUUUUUCGUAGCGAUUACGAUGGCAACGGGGUUUUUCGCGUAUUCUUGGGUGGCGGCGUCAGCGACGGGUGGAGAUACAGGGACGUGGUUGACAAUGACGCUCAUAGGAGCGUCGAUGCUGAUUAUUGUUAUGAAGAGAGUCGGAUAAGUAUUUCUUUUUGAGAAGUACUAACAAACUCGAGGGGUCAUCUGUCUGUAAGUGUUUGCUCGUUAGUCGUCAUUCAUUUCAAAAUGGAUUCAUAGACCCAUAUUAGAGACUUUUCCCUCAGCACUACCUCCUACUUCUCUUCCGGAUCCAUCUCUAACGGACGAGUGUUUCUCCUGGCCGCUUGGCCCAUUAUAGCAAUGAAGAUAGCGGCAAGACAGCAUGCAAAAGAAGCUAAGGCUAUGGCAGAGAUGUACAAAUCCCAGAGGAUGGCGGAAGGCGGGGUAGUAGAGGUACUGAAUUUAUUUGUAACUCGAUUUGUGAAGAAAAGAUUAUCAUUCUGAAUCGUGCUUCUGCUUCAAAAUCGGAAUUUUUCUCAGGACGACGAAGACUUCGCCACAAAAGAGAAAAGACUGCAGAGGGGCAGCAAAAACCGCGUUUCACCAACUAAGGGAGGAGCAGGUCGGGGUGGCGUUGACCUGAAUCAAAGCAUGACCGAGAGCAUGUACGGGCAGCAAUCUCCGAAGUUAUGGAUGGGAGUUUUCUAUUCCUUCGUACUAGAGCUGAAAUGAGACAAGAACUUGAGUUGUUUCAACAUCUCGCCUUCAACAAUUUAUUGUCCCACAAGAACAGUGUCACCUUCUAACGGCUGGCAGUACGUACCGAAUGACGAGAAUGAACAUGAUGGAGCAGAGCAUAAUGAGCAGUAGUUUGGGUCAUACGAGUCGCUUUUCGCCAACAGGCGGUGGAGGCGGAGCAGGCCACUCACCAAUGUCAGGGGCUCAGUAUCAACUGCAAGACCUGAGUGGACGACAGAUGCGGCCAGACAUGACCGACGAGGAAUUGAUAUUAAGAGGACUGGGAAGAUCCUUCUGUCUUAAUUUUACAUGUAUCUUCGAGAAUUUUACAUAUAUCUUCGAGACAAUUAUCGGUAUUUCCGACGUUCUCCAUCUCGACCUACUUUACCUAGAUGUUGAUCCUUCUACACGACACGCAGUGUCAACUACAACUAGUACUUGAGGUCGUCGGAAUCUAUAGGUACAAAAAUAAAAGACUAGUACCCCACUUCCACAAGACUAGAAGUACCAUUCUCGUCCUCUAAGUUUAGCGGAACAGCAAGCCUUGGAGGAGCAUGAGGAUUUUGCCUAUCAUCAAGGUAACUACGAUCUGGCCAAAAUCCAACAGGGAAAUUUGCAACCAAGUACCUUCCAUCCAAUGGGGACGACGAGAUAUAAAGGUAGUACUUUCGACGUAGGUGUCUCACGAGGUGUUUUUCAACAGCAAUAAUCGAGUUCAACAUUGCUCUUUCUACCUCGUUGUCAUUGGUACCCUUCUUCGUUAAUGUGAUUUCUACACGUUAAAUUGGGUACAGCAGGACGACAAUUCUCUGUAAAAAAAUCCUAAUUAAUAUCUACUCUUUCUUCGGGUUCCUGGGUGGAGAAGAACAACCCUGAAAAAAAUCCUAAUUAUCUACUCUUCCUUCAUCAGGUUCCUGGGUGCAGAAGAACAACCCGGCGUUGACGAUACAGGGCACUAGUUCCUACGUCGGGCGUAGUAUCGAAAACACCACCAGGAUGACGGACCACGCGCAGAGAGAAGGCUUGAAUAGGGAGAAGAUCGAGAAUAUCAAGUUGAACAGCAGUAUCUCAGCAGGUUGGUAUGGUGGGAGUUGUUCGCCCUACGAAACCGGUGGACCAGCGCCGCAGGCUCUGAAUAACCGUCUAUCGCCACAACUUAAGGCGAGCCAACUACAAGAAUUCAUUUCAUCCAGUGGUCAACAUUUUCUUCGGGUUCCUUCUUCGUCUUAGGAUUGUCCGGAAGAAAUGUCUUCAAUCAGGGAAGAAAUGAUGAAUUGUUUGUGAGCUCUAAACAACAUGGCGGUGUCUUGGGGAACAAGAUGCUAGUUGAUUCACCACAUAACUACAGUGGGAAAAAACAAGUACAUCUGGCAUUGACACAGUAGUAAUGUCAUAGAAGCAGGUCUCCGAGUCAGAAUUAGUCUACCUCAGAUAUUACCGAUGGAAAGGAUGCAUAGUUCACCCUUCUAGCGUCAAAGUACAAUAAAUGAUCUUCGCAGGGGUGGUCGUGGGCUCUCUCAUGGUAGUAUAAUAGAGCUGCGCUCUUGUUCAUGGCAAAUGUUUCUUUUCGGUUUAUAGUCUUGCGACUACAACUUAUCUAUAAUGUCGCCUAUGUCAUCUUCAAAGUAUCCAACAAUUUCAGCUUCUUUUACGGACAAAAUAUCAUACUCUUAGAGCAGCAUCGCUUUCAGUUCAUAUCCUCAACAAGUGACUUGUCAUGCCUAAGAUGUAUACUCACUUGAUGUACCCCUACCCUGACUUGCAGCCUAAGAUGCCCACUUCCCGCCUUAGAAGAAAACACGAACACGAAGCGAAUGAGCCCUAG